AAGCGAUGCGCGAGAGAAGUGAGGAGCGAAGAUAAUUGAAGCUUUAGAGGCUUGACUGUAAAACCUUACGCGACAAUUUAUCCACAAUUUAAUCGACUUUCACCACAGGAAAUAUAUUAUCCUUAUUUACCAGGUGCUUACGACACUGUUGAACGAUACGCUACACAGCUAAAGACUGUCUCUGGGAAGGAAGAGAUCACAGAACACAGAAAAGGUCUGAAGGAUGGGGCCAGGUGGGGCUGUCUCUGUGGCCCUGCUAGGGUUCACCCUCCUGGGGUUGAUCUAUGGCGCGUUGCCCCUGAACCCGGAUGACCCUAACGUGUGUAGUCACUGGGAGAGUUAUGCUGUGACGGUCCAGGAGUCCUAUGCCCACCCCUUUGACCAGGUCUACUACACAAGGUGCACCGACAUCCUCACCUGGUUCAAAUGUACCAGACACAGGAUCAGCUAUAAAACAGCGUACCGUAGGGGUGUGAGGACUAUGUACAGAAGGCGUUCUCAGUGUUGCCCAGGUUUCUACGAGAGUGGAGACCUGUGUGUCCCUCAGUGUUCAGUAGAAUGUGCCCACGGUCGGUGUGUGUCUCCUGAUACCUGUCAGUGUGAACCGGGCUGGGGAGGAGUGGACUGCUCUAGUGGUUGUCAAGCUGAAUUCUGGGGCCCCCACUGCACUAACCGGUGCCAGUGUCAGAACCGGGCCCAGUGUAACCCCAUCACGGGGGCGUGUGUGUGUACGGACGGGUACCAGGGCUGGCGCUGCGAGGAGCUGUGCGAGACGGGGCUCUAUGGGAAGGGAUGCCAGCUAGAGUGCCAGUGUCUCAACGGGGCCACCUGUCAUCACGAGACCGGAGAGUGCCUCUGUGCACCGGGAUACGCCGGGGCUAUCUGUGGUGAGCGGUGUCCCUCUGGUAGUCAUGGCGCCCAGUGCGAGCUGCGUUGCCCGUGUCAGAACGGUGGAACGUGCCAUCACGUCACGGGGGACUGCUCCUGCCCCGCUGGAUGGAUGGGCUCGGUGUGUGCCCAGCCGUGCCAGUUUGGCACCUACGGCAUCAACUGCAGCCAGGAGUGCCCCUGCCGGAACAGAGGUCUGUGUGACCACAUCAGUGGGCAGUGCCAAUGCACCGCCGGCUACAGCGGAGAGAGAUGUCAGGAGGAGUGUCCGGGGGGGUCGUACGGCCCUCAGUGUGCACAUAAGUGUGACUGUCAGAACAGAGCGAGGUGUUACCAUGUCAACGGGGCCUGUCUGUGUGACGAGGGGUUCAAAGGUCCCAGCUGUCAGGACAGGUUCUGUCCCUCUGGACUGUAUGGACUCAUCUGUGAUAAAUACUGUCCCUGUAACGUCUCAAACACACUCAGCUGCCAUCCGUUGUCGGGGGAGUGUGCGUGUGCGGCGGGGUGGGCGGGUCUGUUCUGCAACGAGACCUGUCCGUCAGGUUACUAUGGCGAGGGAUGUAAGGAGGCGUGUGUGUGUGCCAAUGGAGCCGACUGUGAGGGCAUCACCGGAACCUGCAUCUGUGCCCCCGGGUACAUGGGUGAUGACUGUUCUCUGACCUGUCCUGCUGGGGUGUAUGGGGCCAACUGUUCCUCUCCCUGUUCCUGCCACAACCAGAUCGCCUGCUCACACAUCGACGGAUCCUGCAUGUGCAGAGAAGGUUGGCAGGGUGUGGAUUGUACCAUCUCGUGCUCCAGUGAUACCUGGGGCCUGAACUGUAAUCAGACGUGUCUGUGUGCCAACGGGGCGGCCUGUGACCCGGGCAAUGGAACCUGUACCUGCGACCCCGGCUGGAUGGACGAUUACUGUGACACAACCUGUCCCGAGGGCACGUAUGGAGAACAGUGUCGAGAGCAGUGUGACUGUAUCCAUGCCGAUGGCUGUGACCCUGUGAGAGGCGACUGUCGCUGUCUGGCUGGAUGGACUGGUGUGCACUGUGACAGUGUGUGUGUGGAGGGCCGAUGGGGCCCAGACUGCUCCUACUCCUGUACCUGUGAGAACGGAGGCUCCUGCUCAGCGGAGGACGGAACGUGUGUGUGUGCCCCCGGAUACAGAGGCACCUCCUGCAGACGCAUCUGUUCUUCAGGGUUCUAUGGGCAGCGCUGCAGCCAGUCCUGUCCUCAGUGUAUCCAUAGCGACGGUCCCUGUCACCACAUCACAGGACACUGUGAGUGUCUGUCAGGAUUCUGUGGCUCUCUGUGUAACCAAGUGUGUCCCAGUGGCAGGUAUGGGAAGGGCUGUGCAGAGCUGUGUAUGUGUAGUAACAACGGGACCUGUAACCCCAUCGAUGGCUCCUGUCAGUGUUACCCAGGAUGGAUCGGAGAGGACUGCUCUAAGGUGUGUCCUCAGGGUGCUUGGGGUCCAGACUGCAUCCAUACCUGUAACUGUCACAACGGGGCUCAGUGCAUCGCUACAGACGGACAGUGUAGCUGCAGCGCAGGGUGGAGCGGACUGUACUGUACACAACGUUGUAGUUCAGGGUUCUUUGGUACCGACUGCUCCGAGGUGUGUCGGUGUCAGAACGGAGCGGACUGCGACCACAUCACUGGUCAGUGCUCCUGUCGGACCGGAUUCAUCGGACACAGCUGUGAACUCAAGUGUCGUCCCGGUACGUUUGGCUACGGCUGUCAGCAGCUGUGUGUGUGUCUGAACAACGGCACCUGUGACUAUGUGACUGGGACCUGCUACUGCAGCAUCGGAUACAAAGGCAUCCGCUGUGACCAGGCUGCCCUGAUGAUGGAGGAGCUGAAUCCUUACACUAAGAUCAGCCCGGCCUUGGCAUCAGAGCGCCAGUCAGCAGGCGCUGUCAUGGGCAUCAUCUUCCUCCUCCUCUUCAUCAUGACCGUGUUGGGGGUGGUGGUGUGGUGGCGGCAUCAGCAGAGAGAGAAAGGAGGGCAGCACAUGCCCAGUGUGUCCUACAGCCCUGCCCUGAGGAUCAGCAGCCAGGGUUACUCCCUCUCUGACUCCUCUCCUACCAGCAGCAACGUCAGUCGUUGUUUCACUAACCCCUCCUACCACACUCUGGGAGCGUGUACCUACGCUGGCCACUACGCCAAGCCUGACAAGAAGACCAGAAGGGCCAAGGUGAAGGACAAGAGGUUAAACAGGAAUAGUGCUCCAGAGUGGACAGCCUACUAUAACCUCGAUGAACUGGGUGUGUACCGUGUAGACAGACGUUACAGCUCCUACCAUGAACAGUACUACAGAGACUACAUGAAGGGUUCGCUGUCCAGCAGCUGCUCUCUGAACAGUGAGAACCCCUACGCCACCAUCAAUGACCCGCUGGCCGUGGCCUGUAAACACACAGAGAGCAGCUAUGUAGAGAUGAAGAGUCCUGUCCACCACGACAUCUCCUACUGUUCCUCUGCUAUAGUUACUACCACCACCACCAGCAAGAACGUCUAUGACGUGGAACCCAAGGUGAGUGUUCUCCAGGGCUGUAAUGGUGUGGUGGUUCCCACGUACCCUCAGAACCCGUACGACCUCCCCAGGAACAGCCACAUCCCCAGUCACUACGACCUGCUGCCCCUGAGACACAGCCAGAGCUACAGCCCUACACACAGCCAGAGCCACAGCCACCAGAGCCACAGCCCCCCCCUGCCCGGCAGCCCUACCAGCUCCCUGCUAUAGAUAGACCACUCCCUAACGCUGGGCCGCGACCUUAGACCUAUGACUUACUGUUGGGGCACGGGCUGCUCCACCUGGGGUUGCGGAUAAAGACUGUAUUGUGACUAUAGAGACAAAGUGCCAGUACAACAUCAGUGUUGUGGACAUACUAGAUGAUAUACCAACAGAGGCUCUGUGUGGACUCACUGCUGUGUGGACUCACUGCUCUGUGAGACUGGAUAAAGCAUACUGAAAGUGUAAUAUAUUAGAGCUAUUUGAAGUUUCUGAGGAAGACACUGGGAAGUGAUAUAACUAGUGGAGAUGUGUGGUACCCUCUUUGUUUACACUCUGGCUCAGUGGAGGACACACACACAUCCUAGGGAAGGAAGGAAGGACAGACACACGCACACAUACACACACACACUAGGAAACAGACCUGUGGAGUCAUGAACACAAAAGAUCAUGGACCACUAUAUAGUCAUGCCUGGCUCAGUGAUUCUAUUCCAUGUCUGGAUUGGGUGACCAGAGAACCAACCAGGCUGCCCCUAGAGAAGGACAAACCACCAGGAAGUAACCAGGCUGCCCCUAGAGGAGGACAAAACCACCAGGAAGUAACCAGGCUGCCCCUAGAGGAGGACAAAACCACCAGGAACCAACCAGGCUGCCCCUAGAGGAGGACAAAACCACCAGGAAGUAACCAGGCUGCCCCUAGAGGAGGACAAACCACCAGGAAGUAACCAGGCUGCCCCUAGAGAAGGACAAACCACCAGGAAGUAACCAGGCUGCCCCUAGAGGAGGACAAACCACCAGGAAGUAACCAGGCUACCCCUAGAGGAGGACAAACCACCAGGAAGUAACCAGGCUGCCCCUAGAGGAGGACAAAACCACCAGGAAGUAACCAGGCUGCCCCUAGAGGAGGACAAAACCACCAGGAACCAACCAGGCUGCCCCUAGAGGAGGACAAACCACCAGGAAGUAACCAGGCUGCCCCUAGAGGAGGACAAACCACCAGGAAGUAACCAGGCUGCCCCUAGAGGAGGACAAACCACCAGGAAGUAACCAGGCUGCCCCUAGAGAAGGACCAACCACCAGGAAGUAACCAGGCUGCCCCUAGAGAAAGACAAAACCACCAGGAACCAACCAGGCUGCCCCUAGAGGUGGACAAAACCACCAGGAACCAACCAGGCUGCCCCCAGAGGAGGACAAACCACCGGGAACCAACCAGGCUGCCCCUAGAGGAGGACAAAACCACAAACCAACCAGGCUGCCACUAGAGGACAAAACCACCAGGAAGUAACCAGGCUGCCCCUAGAGGAGGACAAAACCACCAGGAACCAACCAGGCUGCCCCUAGAGAAGGACAAAACCACCAGGAAGUAACCAGGCUGCCCCUAGAGGAGGACAAAACCACCAGGAAGUAACCAGGCUGCCCCUAGAGGACAAACCACCAGGAAGUAACCAGGCUGCCCCUAGAGGACAAACCACCAGGAACCAACCAGGCUGCCCCUAGAGGAGGACAAACCACCAGGAACCAACCAGGCUGCCACUAGAGGAGGACAAACCACCAGGAACCAACCAGGCUGCAUCUAGAGGAGGACAAACCACCAGGAAGUAACCAGGCUGCCCCUAGAUGUAACAGUAUAACUUUACGACGUCCCCUCGCCCUGGGCGCGAACCAGGGACCCUCUGCACACAUCAACAACGGUCGCCCACAAAGCAUCGUUACCCAUCGCUCCACAAAGGCCGCGGCCCUUGCAGAGCAAGGGGAAACCCUACUUCAGGUCUCAGAGCAAGUGACGUAACCGUUUGAAAUGCUAUUAGCGCGUACCCGCUAACUAGCUAGCCAUUUCAGUAUAACCUUAAACCGUCCCCUCGCCCCGACCUCGGGCGCGAACCAGGGACCCUCUGCACACAUCAACAACGGUCGCCCACGAAGCAUCGUUACCCAUCGCUCCACAAAAGCCGCGGCCCUUGCAGAGCAAGGGGAAACCCUACUUCAGGUCUCAGAGCAAGUGACGUAACCGAUUGAAAUGCUAUUAGCGUGUACCCGCUAACUAGCUAGCCAUUUCACAUCCGUUACAUAGAGGAGGACAAAACCACCAGGAAGCAACCAGGCUGCCUCUAGAGAAAGAGAAACCACCAGGAACCAACCAGGCUGCCCCUAGAGGAGGACAAAACCACCAGGAAGUAACCAGGCUGCCCCUAGAGAAGGACAAACCACCAGGAACCAACCAGGCUGCCCCUAGAGAAAGAGAAACCACCAGGAACCAACCAGGCUGCCCCUAGAGGAGGACAAACCACCAGGAAGUAACCAGGCUGCCCCUAGAGGAGGACAAAACCACCAGGAAGUAACCAGGCUGCCCCUAGAGAAGGACAAACUACCAGGAACCAACCAGGCUGCCCCUAGAGGAGGACAAACUACCAGGAACCAACCAGGCUGCCCCUAGAGAAGGACAAACCACCAGGAAGUAACCAGGCUGCCCCUAGAGGAGGACAAACCACCAGGAACCAACCAGGCUGCCCCUAGAGGAGGACAAACCACCAGGAACCAACCAGGCUGCCCCUAGAGGAGGACAAACCACCAGGAACCAACCAGGCUGCCCCUAGAGAAAGAGAAACCAACAACUGCCUCAGAUGAGACCAGCUUGGAGCAUCAUCAAAAGGGCAUUAGAUCUGCCGAUCUUUCAGGCAGUGGACUGGAGAAGUAUUAAGAGACAGUCAUUACAGGACCUGAAUGGGGACUGACUGGGCUUGGAUUGCCUGUUCUAUUGUAUAUUGAUAUCGCCAGCAACACAGCUAACACUAAUAUAACUGCAGAUGAAGGAGAGGAGACAAUGACAGUUCCUAGACAAACCAGGAUUCUAUUAAUUAGGCACCGACUGAAACAGGGAGGCACUACCUUUUCGUUUUCCAUUGCAAAACGUUUUUCUACGGUGUGUACUAAUGAAUACGACCCAUGGUUAUAUACUCUAAAAAGAAAAAUAUAUAUAUAUAUAAAAAAACGCUUUACUUCUACAACUCAUUGUACAUGUAUAGUUGUGGUAUUUUUCCACAUCUUUGCUGAUUUCAUGUUUAUGUUUUUAAGAUCCUUAACGGAUCCAUAUUUUCUCUUUCGGAAAAGUUAUCUUUCUGUAUUUAUUGUAUAUAAAGUUAAGGAAUUUAAUGUUGGCGUUACAGUAGUGUUAGGGACUUUAUGUUGUGUAAUGCUGGUAAAUGUGCAUGCCAAAUUAUGAAUCUAAGUAUAGUAGUAUACAGAGAAUACCCCUAAUGUCAUUGUUAAACCAUUUGGUACAAACUAACUGUUAUUUCAUACACUUUACCCAUGUUUACCCACUGAUCGUUUUGAACAUGGGAAUGAAUCCUAGUUGAACUGCUUUACAAGAAUGUGCAAUGACAUGAAGGAAAAGAGAACUGUUCAGAAGUAUUGAUGUUGCCAACAUGUUCACUGGAAAUGAUGAAGUCCCAUUACCAAAUGUAGCACCAUUGUAGAGAAACCAGUUCAUAUUUGUGAACGAUGCACAUCACCAUUUUAAGUUAUAGUUACCCUGUAAUAAUUAGAUGUAUACUUUUACACCCUGUGACACAAUGUGAUAAUGACAGAACCAUUACAUUGAUCUCUAUCUCUACAUGAAUAUUUCAUCGAUUCAGCCAAUACCAAUGCCAUGUUUAUAACAGGCCCGAUUCAGACUUGAGGUAAGUAUACUUAACAUGGACUUAAGACAACCUAUCCGUGUCUGAAUUGGGCCCAACAUGAGUAACAGGACAAUCAUACACAGACAGUAUUGACCUCAUGGCUUUGUUAGUUUGUUAGUUGAUAUUUCUCCUCAUAAGGAUAAGGGGUACGUCCCAACUCGCACCCUUUUCCCAUCAUAGUGCACCAGAGCACUGGUCAAACGUGGUUCACUAUUAAAGGACUAGGGUGCCAUUUGGGACAUAGUCUAGAAUUCCCAGAGUCUGAUGUAACCUGAUGUAACCCAACGCUGCUUUGACUUUUUCCUCUUUUAAAGUGUUUUAAUCUUCAAUAAAGAUGCCAUAGC